CUCUGAUACAAGGAAGCAUUUAAAGACUGAAGAUGUCAGUGAUGUGUGCCACUACUUUUCAGUCAUUCAGCUGGUGAUCUCACCAUGUUUAUCCACUGUAAACUGGUAAUACUCAUACUUGUGCUGACUCUUGAUGGCCAAGUUCAUACAGGGGAAAUCGUUGGUGGUCAUGAGGCUGUGCCACAUAGCAGGCCAUACAUGGUGCUUUUGGAGCGGCACAUGCAGAAUGGUAAAACACAACACUGCUGUGGCUUCCUUCUGAAUGAGGAUUUUGUGAUGACUGCAGCCCACUGCCAUGCCAAGUCCCACACAGUCUUACUGGGAGUUCACAAUGUCCAUAAGAGGGGUGAAAUACAGCGUGUAACUGUGGAACAAACAUUUCCACGUAAAGACUACAAUGAAACUGUUUACAAAAAUGACAUAAUGCUUCUUAAGUUGAGCUCCAAGGCCAAGUUCAGCGAAAAUGUGAAACCCAUUCCUCUCGCAGGCCAAGAUGAUGGCUCUCUGCCAAAAUCAUGUAUACUCUCCGGCUGGGGAACAACAGACAGGGUGGAAAAAUAUAUGUCUCUCGUACUCAUGGAAACCAAUGUAACACUCAUUGACAGUGAGCUGUGUCGUAAGGAAAACUUCUACUGCUCUGAGGGAAAGACUGGACCGGGUGAGGGAGACUCUGGUGGUCCACUGGUCUGCGAAGAUGGGAAGGCAUAUGGGGUGGUGUCCUCCACCUUCAAACCACACUCAGGUGCCCCGUUAAUCCAUUGUUACGCUAAGAUUCCUGACCACAGAAGCUGGAUCGAUUUGACCAUGAAAAAUGCAUGGAAAAGGUCAAAUACAUAUAAAUAUUGAUUGAGCAAAUCCCAACAUUUGUUCAUUUGUAUAACAUUGGACAGCUGAUAGAUGAAAUGCUAAAAUCAAGACUGAUUCCGUAGCAAUGCUUAGCUUACUUGCUUUGCACAUAUUUAAUCAAAAUAUGCUUUACUUUGAUGUUACCAAAUGAUACAAAUAAAAAUUUAGUUUGGUGCUUUGAGUCAAAAGACAGAAAAUAUAUAAACGUGACUUGGUUCAUUUGAGUGACAUGUUUUGGCUUUUUAGUUUACAGCUGCUUUUUCUGCUGCAGGAGGCUACAAACAUGACUAACUACACAUUACACAACUUUACAUUAUUUUGUUAAUAAACUUUAGAUUAUUCAAAGAAAAUUACAAAUUUAAAACCAAGCACAUGCAGGUUUUUUAAGGCUAGACUUUAACAAGCCAGUCAUGGCACACAAAUGAAGUAUGGCUUAAAAUCAGAACUUUAAGUGUAGACUCAGUGCUGUUUAAUAGAUGUGAUAUAUGUGAUAUUAGAUACAGUAUGUCAUCCUGCGAUGCGCCAAUACGACAUUAUAUACAUUACUGCUUUGUGCAUCUUCUUUUUGACUUGAUCAUAUGAGCACACAGGAUCCUCUAAGUUUGUUUUGUACCAUUUUUAUAAACAAUAAACUGUUGCUCUCUCA